AUGCUGCUGGCGCUGCUGCUGCAUCUCCUCGUCUUCCACUUACUGACUGCGAGAGAUGUCCCCGCGCGCAAGGACACGGGCUUCGUUGUGAGACACAUAGACAAGUGUCCAAAUGUCGGCUACUACUUCAAGCGGGAGACGCCGCCUAACUCCGUGGGACCUGGCGUGUGUUACCUGUGCUUCUGUCAGAGAGACCGCACCGCCAUCUGCUGGAAGAGAGAGAACAAAAGAUGUGACAAGCUGAGCUUCCACCAUCGGGAGAUUGGGAGUCAGGACGCAAGGCAAAGACGCAGUCUCGGUCUCUCAGAGUUCUUUCGAGAAGCUUCCAAGGAUUUUUUCAUCAAACAAUCGAAACCGGAAUGCAAGCCGUUCGAGUCCACGUUUAGUGAGGACUGCCCACCAGUGGACUGGUGCACUGGAUGUACAGUGUGUGACUGUAAUGCUAAUGGGAAGUGGGAUUGUCAUCUCCUGAGUUUUUGUGCCGAUGAGAAAAAGCAGAAACAGAGCAAAGGUGCGAGAAGAGGUGUCGGUAGAAAGUAUGGAAAGAAACCAAAAACGUCGACCACGAAGACAACUGCGACUGUAAAACCUAAACCUGUGCAGAAUAAUAAACUUAAACCUUUGAAAAAUAAUAAACCUACACUUGUGAAGAAUAAUAAACCUAAACCUAUGAAAAAUAAUAAACCUACGGUCAAAGCCAAAAAUAAAGCAACAGUAGUGGUGAAACAUGGCAACAACAACAAAACUCAAGCACAACGUAUUAUUAGGAAGUCUAUUCCACACAAAAUGAACUCAACUACCACCCCAGUAAAAAGAAGAACUCCAAUAAGAUAUAAAAGAAUUUCAACAGGUAAGUCAGAAACAACAAAGAAAAUGAUCAAGAAAAACGUAGUGACACAUAAACCAAUUGAAAUUAAAACAACUAAACAUAAUUUAGAAAUGAUAAUAGCGCAAAAGUUAAUGCAAAAAGUUAUGGGGAAAUUAAGAAAAUCUGUUGCUGCCGAAAUGAAAAAUAUGUCUAUGCUAGCACUGGAAACUGUUAAACGCGAAAGAAUGAAAUAUUUAAAGAAGCCUUCUGGUAAGCCAAAAGGGAAGUCAAAUCAGGCACCGAAGACACCAAAGACUAACCCAGGGAGAAAACCGAUGUACAAACCUGCAGGGAAGCAGACCAAAACGACUAAAAACUAUAUCAGAAACAAACGAGACCUGAAUGCAGCGGCAAUUUCAGUGAUACCUAUUAAUGCGUCUAUAGAACAUUUUUUGGGGACACCAAAUGUCACAGAAGCACUUCCUUUCACACAAAUGUCGAGUAACUUGGUAGUCCCUGAUAAUGAUAAUGAUAACACGUCACACACUGUUGGAAGCAGCACACUUCCAGAAAAUGAGUACUAUAAAUAUGUCGUCGGUAACGAAGAACAUAAAACAAAAGCAAAUGCACCACUAUGGGACGCUGCGACCACUCGAGUCAAUAUAACGGAAACUGUCUUCGACCUCAUCGGUGCACCAUUGACUUCUUAUGCAUCUACUGAAAAAGAGUCAAUAAGGAAAAAGAAAAGAAAAUUCAGUAUUCUUAGAUAUUUAAAGAAAAUUUUCAAUAAAAUAUUUAAACGCGAGAAACCGAACCGACUGAGUAAACAUCAUCUUAUAGAAACUUUGUGUGAAAACUUCGGUCCGUGUCGAGUGAGUGCAGUCAAGGGUGUCAAUAAUAGCGUAGAGAUAGAAAACUUUUCAAGAAAUAUCAUUCAAAAUCUCAGGAAGCUGAAGCGCCUGGCUCAUACCGUGAGCUCUAGUGGGAGGAUCAAGAGGGAAAUCUCAGGAGAUGACGAUGCUAUAGAGUAUCUGCUGAUGUUGAUGGAGUAUUUAAUUAAACAAAAUCAUCCGUUGGACGCUGCACCAGUAAAUGACGGGAUAGAUCUAUUAAUAGAAGCAAUAAAAAAUGCGCCAGAUAUUAAACCUAUUAAGAAAAAAGUGCUAGAGUACACACCUGCUACUUACUCCGAUGAAACAACAUAUCCUACUACUAUAACUGCCAUUACAGAGAAUACUUUUACUGAAGACGAUAAUCCAUCCGAUAGUGAAAAGUCUUCAAGUGAAGAUAGUGGUAAAAUGAAACUAGAGGACACCGAACUUAAAUUGGAUGAAAACAAAGAGUUCGUUGAUAUGGUUACGGAUGAUGAUAAAGACCCAGAAGAAAAUAAUCAGUAUGAUCGUCAAGCUGGAAACAUGAAAGUGGGCGAAAUCACUGAAACCUCUUAUUUUAACAGACUUGAGCAAAAUAUUGCAGAACCAGAAAAUGAUAUGGAAACAACGACACCUAUGCCAAUGGAGAUGGAUCUUAGCGACAAACAGGAUAGUCAAGAUGAUGUUAAUAUAGGAAAGACACUUACUAUAGAGCAAAAAAAUUUAGGCAAAGCCACUAGAGCGGAAUCUAGAACCAGACCUAGAGCUGAAGUUGGAUUCAAAAAUGAAGCUGAUGUUGACGCUGUUGGUGGGGCUGAUGUGGAAGCUGAACCUGCACCUGAGGCUGCAGUUGGUGCUGUAAUGAGAGGGAGAGGUGAAGUUGUAUCUAUGUCUGAAGCUGGAGCUACCGAUAUCAUUGAUAUGAACGAAAAGAAGUUUGAAGUACUUGCAGGAGAUAUUGAUGAAGAAGCAAAUUUUUCAACUACAACUCCAAUAACGGGAACUGAAUCACCAACAGCUGUGCCCACAGAAUUCCAUUCUACUGAAUCUGAAACAAUCAAACCCAAAACAAAAAUGAGGCGUCUGAACUUAGAAUCGUAUGAUAGCGAGAGUCUUGAUAAAAAAUCAAAACUAGAAUGGAUCGAAGAAAACUUUGGAAAGAAUAUUCCAAAAGAUUUUACAGAUAUUGACGAAAGCAAUAAUACAACAACUGAUGCUACAAUUAAAUAUUUGACAGAUAAAUCAACAGAAAAACAAGUUACUGAGAAAUUAGAUGUUAGCAAUUUAACUAAAGAAGCGGCUGAGGAAGCCGAGAAGAAUAAGAUAAAGACAGAAAAACAAAGUGCUGAGGAUGUAAUGUUAAGGAAGCAGAUGGAUUUAUUGAAUUCUCUUGAUUACGGCACUGAAAAAGGAGAAACAUUAGAACCAGACUCGAAGGAUACUAAUGCGGAAGACAGAUACUCAGGAGACACGUUUCCAUCGUAUUUUAUUUAG